UUCACGAGUCAUGCUGAAGAGUUCUAACACUGCAUGCUACAAUUUCGAAACGGAACCCCGGAUACCGGAAGUGGUAAAGCAACAAAUAUUGACAACUUCCCACGCUAUCUUUAGCCAUGAUUCCCUCACGGGUUGACUGUUUUUAACGUUUUAACAUUAUGUGCUCUCAUUACUGUUCUUAGAUAGUAACGUUAACGUUUGAGUCUUUAACGGUAUGUGGAGACAGGCCUAAAUCUGCAGAGAACAGGUUCUGAAGAAGAUAAUAAUAAGAUGUCGAAUGAUCUUGCUGGUGUAUGGGAGGUGGCAUUGAGCGAUGGAGUCCACAGGAUAGAGUUUGAACAUGGCACGACCACUGGAAAGAGGGUCAUCUACGUCGAUGGAAAGGAGAUCCUGAGGCGGGACUGGAUGUUCAAACUUGUGGGGAAGGAGACAUUCAGUGUGGGCAAAUCCGACACUAAGGCGACCAUAAACAUUGAUGCAGUCAGUGGUUUUGCCUAUGAGUACACCUUGGAGAUAAACGGGAAGAGCUUGAAGAAGUACAUGGAGAACAGAUCAAAAGUCACCAGCACUUGGGUUCUCAACUUGGAUGGCAUUGACUGCAGGGUGGUCCUUGAGAAAGACACCAUGGAUAUUUGGUGCAAUGGACAAAAUAUUGAGACUGCUGGGGAGUUUGUAGACGAUGGCACAGAAACACAUUUCACACUCGGAGACCACAACUGCUGUGUGAAGGCUGUGAGCAGUGGUAAGAGACGAGAUGGCAUCAUUCACACGCUGCUCGUGGAUGGCACAGAGAUAGCUGAAUGUACAGAGUGACUGCGUGUGUGUGUUUACAUGUAUGUGAAAGCAGGGUUUGUAUGUGUAACUCUUGGUUGUCUGUGAAGAUUAGAUGAAUUCAUCUUCAUUUGAAGCUGUUAAGAGUCAGGGACCCACUGACAGGAAUUUGAACUCCUAUGUUUGGACAGCCCUGCUCUGGCGGGUAUAUUUUAGCCAUACAUUGGUACUGAAAAGGGUUGUCCUUUAGUUAACAUAGUACGAGUUGAAUGCAGGUCCUGCGGUGUGGGCAGUUUCUGAGGAGAGAGUGCAGCCAUAAAUUUCAGUCAGAAAAAGAUUUACUGUAUUGAUUUACUGAGUUGUAAAAUUGUGCUGUAUAUUCAUAUGAAUUUUAUAAAUUUCGAUAAUAUUCUGAAUAUUGGAGGCCAGAUGUGCCAUAUUUAUCUAACUGACAUGAACAUGAGCAGCUUGUGUUCCCUUAAAUAUGUCCUGUUACUGUUUUGUAGAAAAUAAACGCUCGCUUUAGAAAAUAACAUGACCCAGUAAACGCAGAUUCAAGCUGUUCUUCCUGCUCUUCGCGCUCGCUUUUUUGUGUUUUCACUAUUCUCUAGUAGGAGGAUUAAAUACCAGGGUACACUAUUAUCAUUGAAUGUAGCAUCAUUCUGGUAUGCACUGCUGAGGAGCGGUCUGUGUUGUUCUGUUGUUCUGUUCUUGUAUGAGCAGUCAGUUGAUAUUUCAGUAAAUACCUUUAAGCAGA